CCUCUCACUCUCCAUCUCCCCACUCUCACUCUACCCUCUUCUCUCCUCAUCUGCAGAGGAAAGAAAAAGAAGAAAAAUGGAAAAUCCACCCCCACCCCAUGUAAAAACCACCCCCAAAAAACUCCUCUCUCUCCAUCUCCUCAUCUUCCUCUCACUCUUCCUCAACUUCACACCCCCAACUUUUGCUAGAACACCCCACCAUCCUGAUUACCACGCUCUCCUAUCCCUCAAAUCCUCCAUCACCUCCGACCCUUUAUCCGCCCUCGCUUCUUGGAACUCCUCCACCGACUACUGCUUCUGGCCGUACAUCACAUGCGACUCCACCUCUCGUUCAAUCCUGGCCAUUGAUCUCUCCAAUCUCAACCUCACCGGUACUCUCUCCCCCUCCAUCUCUCGCCUCUCUAGCCUCGUCAACCUCACUUUAUCUUCCAACUCAUUUGCGGGCCCCAUCCCUCCCUCCCUCUCCCAGCUCUCCAGCCUCCGCUACCUGAAUCUCUCCAACAACUUCUUCAACGGCACUUUCCCAGAUUCUCUCUCCAAUCUCCAGAGCCUCGAGGUCCUCGAUCUCUACAACAACAACUUCUCCGGCAUGCUGCCGGUAGAAGUAUCAAAGAUGCAGAUGCUCCGGCAUCUGCAUCUAGGCGGGAACUUCUUCUCCGGAAGAAUCCCGGCCGAAUACGGCCAGUUUCCGUUACUGGAAUACCUGGCCGUAUCUGGAAACGAACUCAGCGGCGCCAUCCCGCCGGAACUCGGUAACCUAACCAAGCUGCAGCAGCUUUACUUAGGUUACUACAACAUCUAUGAAGGCGGGAUUCCUCCCGAGAUUGGAAAUCUAUCCAGUCUAGUCCGGCUUGAUGCUGCAAGCUGCGGACUUUCGGGAGAAAUCCCGCCUGAUAUGAGUAGGAUGAAGAAUCUCGAUACGCUGUUCUUGCAAGUGAACGGGCUGUCGGGGGAGAUUACGCCGGAGCUUGGAGAGCUCUGGAGCUUGAAAUCGAUGGAUCUUUCGAAUAAUGCUCUUGUUGGGGUGAUUCCGCCGGAGUUCGAGAAGCUGCAGAAUCUCACCCUUUUGAAUCUGUUUCGAAACAAGCUGUAUGGGGAGAUUCCUGCUUUUAUUGGGGAACUGCCGGAGCUGGAGGUGCUGCAGCUGUGGGAGAAUAAUUUCACGGGCAGCAUCCCAGCACGGUUGGGGCGGAAUGGGAAGCUGCAGCUGCUGGACCUUUCAACGAACAGGUUGACGGGGAAUUUGCCCCCGGAUCUCUGUUUUGGGAAUCGGCUGCAGACGCUGAUUGCGCUGGGGAAUGCCCUGUUUGGCCCCAUCCCAGACACGUUGGGGCGGUGCGAAUCGCUGGGACGGAUUCGAAUGGGAGAAAAUUACUUGAAUGGGUCGAUCCCUGGCGGGUUGUUUGCCCUGCCAAUGCUGGCACAGGUCGAGCUGCAGGAUAAUUUCCUGGUGGGCGGGUUUCCGGAGAUGGAUUCAAUCUCAACUUCUCUUGGGCAGAUCAGCUUGUCCAAUAAUCGGCUUUCGGGCCCGCUACCGGCUUCAAUCGGGAACUUUUCUGGUGUGCAGAAGCUGCUUCUUGAUGGGAAUUCGUUCUCGGGGGCUAUCCCGGCAGAGAUCGGACUGCUGCGGCAGCUGUCGAAGAUGGAUUUCAGCAGCAAUAGGUUCUCGGGGUCGAUCGCUCCGGAGAUCAGCAAGUGCAAGCUGCUGACAUUCGUUGAUCUUAGCCAGAAUGAGCUGUCGGGGGAGAUACCGACGGAGAUUACAGGUAUGCGGAUCUUGAACUACUUGAAUCUGUCGAGAAAUCAUCUUGUGGGGAGCAUACCGUCGUCAAUCUCGACAAUGCAGAGCUUGACGGCUGUCGAUUUCUCUUACAAUAACCUAACAGGGCUGGUCCCUGGCACGGGCCAGUUCAGCUACUUCAAUUCAACAUCAUUCCUCGGUAACCCUGGGCUCUGCGGGCCGUAUCUGGGGCCUUGCAAGUUCGGCAUUGCAAACAACACCCAUCAAGCCCAUGUCAAGGGCCCGCUCUCGUCGUCCCUGAAGCUCCUUCUCGUGAUUGGCCUCCUGGUCUGUUCGAUCGCAUUUGCCGUCGCGGCCAUCAUCAAGGCCCGGUCGCUAAAGAAGGCAAACGAAUCACGGGCAUGGAAGCUGACUGCAUUCCAGAGGUUGGAUUUCACCUGCGACGACGUACUGGAUUGCCUGAAAGAAGAUAACAUCAUAGGCAAGGGAGGGGCCGGGAUCGUCUACAAGGGUGUAAUGUCCAAUGGAGAUCAGGUGGCUGUGAAGCGCCUUCCCGCGAUGAGCCGUGGGUCAUCGCAUGAUCAUGGAUUCAAUGCUGAGAUACAGACUCUGGGGAGGAUUCGACACCGCCACAUCGUGAGAUUGUUGGGCUUUUGUUCGAACCAUGAAACAAAUCUCCUCGUCUAUGAAUACAUGCCGAAUGGGAGCUUGGGGGAAGUUCUCCAUGGCAAGAAAGGGGGCCACUUGCACUGGGACACCCGGUACAAGAUCGCCAUUGAAGCUGCAAAGGGCCUGUGCUAUCUCCACCAUGAUUGCUCGCCGUUGAUCCUCCACCGGGACGUCAAAUCAAACAACAUCCUUCUUGAUUCUAACUUCGAGGCACACGUUGCUGAUUUUGGGCUCGCUAAGUUCUUGCAGGACUCGGGCACCUCCGAAUGCAUGUCUGCCAUCGCCGGAUCUUAUGGUUACAUUGCACCAGAGUAUGCAUAUACGCUCAAGGUCGAUGAGAAGAGCGACGUAUACAGCUUUGGUGUGGUACUCUUAGAACUAGUGAGUGGGCGAAAACCCGUGGGUGAAUUUGGCGACGGCGUGGAUAUUGUCCAAUGGGUUCGCAAGAUGACGGAUUCGAACAAGGAGGGUGUGCUAAAGGUUCUUGACCCAAGGCUCCCAACCGUUCCCCUCCACGAAGUCAUGCACGUGUUCUAUGUUGCAAUGCUCUGUGUGGAAGAGCAGAGUGUCGAGCGCCCCACGAUGCGGGAGGUUGUCCAGAUCCUGACCGAGCUGCCGAAGCCGGCUGGGCCUGCGAAUGACGAUUCCCUGCUGGCAGACUCGGCUGCUGCUGCCACUAAAGAAACCGGCAAAGAUCAGCAGCAGCAACAACAAACACCACAACCAUCACCACAGUCACCACCACCUGAUCUGCUUAGCAUCUGAGAGAAAUGUGUUCAGUUUCUUAUUUGAAUUGGGGUGUUUUUCUUUGGUUCCUGUUUUGGGUUUUUUUCCUAACUUAAGCUAAGGCAUGGUAAGGUAAUCUGUGUUUGAAUUCCUGUA